AUGAGAGUUCUCGAUCCCCAGUCCGCCCUUCUUACAACUUCCGAAGUGCAUCAAUUCCUGUCUCAACACCCACCCCGGCCCCCGCCUCGGAAAAUUGGCUCCUACAGGCAGGUCAAUUUGAAGGACUAUGAGCGGGUGCGAGACGAUUUUGAGCAUUAUGUCACGAACACAGUCCCUUUCAUCCUCAACUACCCACCUCCGGAGACAUUCAUCAAAAAUGUCGUGCCUAGAUUGUGCGCAUUCGGGUUAACGAAGACUGAAGCGCUGGUAUUGAUCAACCUGGGACUGGGACUGCCGAGGGGGCAACAGCUAGCUACUGAUGAAAAUGCUCCAGAAGAGAGAGUGAACGGCGAGGGUGAUGAUAUCAAUGAUGAUGGUGUCGGCGCCGACGGUGUUGAUGGCCAAAUUGCCGCCGAGGGAGAGGAAGAGCCGCCAGAAUCGGAUGACCGACAAUUCCUUUCUCUCGUCAUUGAAGAGAUGGAGGAACGAUUUUCCGGUGAAGAAGGCGAGGCGCAGGUUCAGCAGAUACUGGAGACUAUGCGGGAGGAAUACAAUCGGGCACAUGCAACGCACGCUUCAGCGAACGGAGACACGAAAAUGAAUGAAGGCUAA